AUGAAUCUUGUGGACGACGCGCAUGAGCUGCUUGAACCUACGGCAUCGGGGUCAGCGCCGGCCGACGCCAACGAGUCGGCCGGCAGUGACAACAUCACCGAACUGGAUAACACGGUGCAUCGCGACGAGUCGCUGGCGCUCAUCGAACUCGCCGUGCUCACCUUCAUUUUCGCGCUCACCGUGGUCGGAAACUCGUGCGUUCUGGUGGCCCUAAAUGCGCGCCGCUCCAAGAUGACGCGCAUGUACUACUUCCUGGUGCACCUGUGCGUCUCCGACCUGACCACCGCGUUCUUCACGGUGCUGCCUCAGCUCGGCUGGGACGCCACCUACCGCUUCCAGGGCGGGAACUUCUUCUGCAAGUGCGUCAAGUACGGCCAGAUCCUCGGUCCCUACCUCUCCUCAUACGUGCUCGUGGUGACGGCCGUGGACCGGUACCAGGCCAUCUGCUUCCCGCUCUCCAACUGCUCCUGGACGCCCACCAAGUCCAAGCUCCUGGUGUCGCUAGCCUGGGCCGUGUCGCUGCUCUGCUGCCUGCCUCAGCUGUUCGUCUUCAGCUACCAGGAGGUGGCGCCGGGCGUGUACGACUGCUGGGGCACCUACAUCGAGCCGUGGGGCCUGCGCGCCUACGUCACGUGGUACGCCGUGAGCGUCUUCUUCAUCCCCCUGCUGGUGCUCGUCUUCACGUACGUCUGCAUCUGCCGCGCCAUCUGGCAGAACCUGUACCUGAAGCGAAAGAGCUCGGACGUCGAAGGACGUGGUAAGGCGUACCGCUUCAAGAGUCCGCAGGGAGGCGCUGCGGCCGGCACCGACUCAUCUUUGCACGUGCGGGGCCCCCUGGUGCCUCGCAGCCACUCGUCAGCACGAGGCCUAUCUAGGGCAAAGAUCAAGACGGUCAAGAUUACCGUGGUGGUGAUCAGCUUCUACAUCAUAUGCUCGUCGCCCUUCAUCUGCGUCCAGAUGUGGAUGUACUGGGGCACGGGCCUCGACAUGAGCGACGCCUGGACGAAUGCUACGGUGACCAUCCUGAUGCUGCUCAACAGCCUCAACAGUUGUGUCAACCCGUGGAUCUACCUGUUCUUCAACCGGAACCUGGUGCAGGCACUGAGGCAGCAGGUGUGCUGCUGCUGCCGCCAGGACAAGACGGUCGACGGAUCGCACCCACGCGGCACGGGUGGACUGCUCCCCGAAAUCACGACCCAAGGCACUGACAUCAACAUCAGCCGCCAGAGCUCGCCGGUCAACUCGACGCCGCGCAAGACCUUCGACAACAUCGACAUGGGUGUCCGGAGGCACUCCUAGUGGCGCGCCAACGGCGAUGCCGCCGCGCGCACUGGACGGGUUGCACGCACGCGGAUGUCGUCGUCUUGCGCAAUACAGAUGCUGGAUCUGCGCGAGAUCGCCUGCGCUGAGACCGAGCGCAGGAGUUGAGCUUACUGCGCUGAUCUUUCAGCUGCCCUGGCAGGACACGUGACACGAACAGCCGGCCUUCGGGACACGUGGCCUGCAUGCUCAACAAAUACUGAGAGAACAUAGUCGCUGGAAAUUCAAGCGACGCCCUUGCAAGUGACGUGACUUCGGUGCUACCAAAAAUUUUGGGACCUUGGCACCGGCUGUCAUCAAUGAAGAAACCUAUCAGCGUGGUGCUCAUCACGUGUCCUUGAAUUUCCCGUCCGCAUCUGACUACGUUAUGCGAG